UGCACCGUGAAGCCAUUCGCGAGAGGUCAAAUAAACAUGCUAAGUUACUUUAGCAGUCAGUGGGCUAAACGUUUCUGUUUCUAAAAGUGUCGGCGCCUGAUGUUCACAACAGUGGGGCUGCUAGCCCUCAGGUGCUUUUGUUGGUGGGAAACAAAUGCAAGCGGUGGUACAUAAUAAAACCCCGGAAAAUGUUUCAGAUGUUUAUAAGUUAGCUGGCUAGCUGACCACGUUUCCCACGUGAGUAGCUGGGUAGCUAAAACACAGCACAGGACAAACAUGCUUUUAUAACAGACAUUGAAUCUUACCCAGAGAAGGUCAUUCUGCAUCAAGGUUUGCUGUUUUUACAUAGCUCUGUCGGAAUGGCAAAAUGUUAAAGGUGCAUCACCUCACCAGUAUCACCGCCCCUGUGACUUCAGCAGCUCCGUUCACAUUGCUGAAUGGCCUGGGUUAGGCAUCUUUCCUGACCAGUCAUGUUCAGGCUCCGGGCCCUGCACUGCUACCCUCGCAGGGUUUUUCACUAUGGGGCUGCAUGCAGAGACCAGCUUCUGGGACAGCUCCAAGCCUGUACAGCAGAGGACCAGGUCUUUGGUGUAGUGGGCAAGAACAAGGCCAACCUGUCUGUAAGUCAUGUGAGCUGUGCCAUGGGCCUGCUGUGGCAGUUUCAGAAGGAGAGACCACAGAUGCUCCGGACGACUGAACUGAUCCGGGGCCACCCGGAGUUUUUGACACUUCGAGUCUUGGCUGAGAACAAGAUCCAUCUGAUGGACGAUGUUACAGUGGUGGACAUGCUUUAUAAUGUGCUCAGGCUCAGUGUUGAACCACGUGACUCUCUUGUCCAGCAGUUGAUGACGGAAGGCUGGAACAGAUUACAGAGAUUUCCAGUGACAACACUAUCAAAGUUUUCCAUUUGUUUAAGUGAACAGUUUCUGUACUAUAGUCCACUGAUGGGUCAGAUUACCGAGAUUGUGAGUCAGAAACUGGAUUUAAUAGAAGAUGCCAGAGUGCUGACCACCCUCAUGACCAGUAUAUCCUCUCUGGUGUCUCCUCGGUUACGGGAUGCACUCAUUGAAAAAGCUGAUGCUCUGUUGGACAGUAUGAACCCUUUACAUUUCAACAACCCCAGAAGGAUCGUGCAGUUCCUCCGAAACAUCAAGUACACUCAUCGACCGUUACUGGAAAAGUGCAACCAUAUUCUCCUCCAGAACGUCCCCCAUCUAGAUGCUGAGAACAUUAGUAUUAUAUUGGGACUGUAUCAGUCAAUGCAGUACAACAACUGUGACUUUAGGCUGGCUGCUAAACAGAGGCUGAUGGAGCUCAUGGAUACUAGCACUGACCCUGUGUCUUUUACAAAGCUCUUUGCUGCUUUGGGACCCUUGGCAGGGCAAGCAACCAGAGAGGGGCUAGAAAGUACAGCGCUGUCAUUGGCUGAUGAUCUAAAUGCCCAGCAGGCACUAGCUGUUGUUGAGACACUGGAGGAUAUUCAGUCCCGGAAUCUUCAGCUUAUCAAUAAGAUUGUAUCAAUAUUGCAAAAGAAUCUGGAUGUAUAUCGGCCAGUGGAGAUUGCAAAAAUCACUCAGGUACUUAUUUUCCUGCACUAUCAGAACCCCGAGCUCUUCUCCAGGCUGAGGAGUAUACUACUUCGUUACUUGCAAGGUAGUGUAUACCCGUAUGAGGUGACCAUGCUUACUCGCGUCCUCUCCAUGCUCCCUACUCCACGUAUGGAAGACGUGGUCAUCUCUCGCGUUGAAGCUGUGCUUCCUCAGUGCAGCCUGAAUGACCUCAAUACGUUUACUAUGGCAAUCGCCAAAUGGAUUCGCAAUGACCCCACCUACCGCCACAGCACUUCCAGCAAGUAUGUCCGUCUGCUUCAGACUCUCAACCGGUGUGGACAUGACCGACUGCAAAAGGCUGACCGGCUGGACCUUGUGCUGGAGGAGCUGAAGUACAUAUCAGGAGAAUGGUUUGAGGAGAUAUUGCUUGAGGAAACUAUUGCAAUGCUUCAGAGAUUGGUUGAUCAGGUAUCCUGGACCAAUGUACCUGACCUGGCCCUUUUCCUGACCAGAACCAACUACCUCUGUACUCCACUGCUGGACCGCAUUGCCAGUGUGGUCAUAGACAACAUACAUAAGAUUCAUUACUCUGGAACCUAUGCCACUUUACUGCCCUUUGCUGUACUUAAUUACGACCCUCCAAAGGUGGAUGAGUUAUUCGAUGCUUGCGUUCGGCAUUUCACUCCUCAUAUCGGUUCUUUUGAUCCUCACCUGCUGGUCCUCAUGGCAUAUGCCUUGGCUGUGGCCAACGUUUUUCCAGAGGAAGUCAUAAGAGAAAUAUUCAGUGUGGAUUUCCUCGCUAAGCUGGACGCACAGCUUGAAACACUGCCAGAUGCUCUGAACAUGCGGGUGCGUUUGCGUCUGAUGGGGCUUAACCGCGCUGUGUGUCUAGAAUGUCCUGAGCUCCAGGUGCCCUGGUUCCAUGAGCGCUACUGCAGGCAGCUCCAGAAGAGAUACAACAGCUCAGUCAGUCCAGUUCAACAACAGAUCCAUAGAAUGCUGGGUGAAGUGCUUGGGGGAAUUAACUGUGCCAGAGUUGCAGUGUUGACUCCAUACUUCUACACUGUUGACUUUGAAUGUGUCCUGGACCACCAUCAACAGGCAGUACCUUACAGUGAGCCAAGCCAGCUGCAAAUCAGCGAAGACGGGAAGGUGCACUGGGAUUCCGGAUCAGCCAGGAAAGAGAGUACAGAGCUACCCCCAGGCGCUCGCCGUAUUGCUCUGGACUUCUUAGAUUCAAAAUCCUUCUGCAAAAAUUCACAGCACAUGAAAGGGGAUAUCCUGAUGAGGAAGAGACACUUGGAGAUUUUAGGAUAUCACGUUUUGCAAAUUCCUCACUUUGAAUGGAAUUCUAUGGAGCUCUCCACCCAAGAUGCUUGGAAGGAAUAUUUGCGAAGGAAAUUAUUUACAGAACUAGCCUGAGACACUUGAAUUGUCAGAAUGCUUGAAAAAGACAUUUAUAAAGUGCAACUUUUUCUUAUACAUGUCCAGAGGUGAGUCACAGAAAAUAGACUGCAGUGCAGUGCCACACAGAUACCUUCCUCAUGAGUUUUAUACAUAAUAAUAUUUGUUAUAAAGUAUGUUUGUAAUAAAUGAUUUAACCAAAUGUUGCAGACAUUUUCAUAUCUGAAUGAAGUG